AUGUACGUCCGCCUUUGCGCCCUGGCUUUCGCAGCCAGUCUGCUCUCGACGCCCACUCUCGCCAUAUCCGCCGACCAGAUACCCUCCGAUACCCCCGUGUCUUCCCUCCUUACCACCGCCCAAGCUCACCUUUCGAAGGGCCAGACGUCCGAUGCCCUUGUGUACUACGAUGCCGCCGUCGCCCGCGAUCCUUCUAACUACUUGACGCUCUUCAAGCGCGCGACAACGUAUCUCUCCCUCGGCCGUACGAACCAGGCAACCGAAGACUUUAACAAGGUUCUGUCACUCAAGCCGGGCUUCGAGGGUGCCCAUGUGCAAUUAGCCAAGAUCAAGUCCAAGAUUGCAGACUGGGACGGCGCAAGGGAGCAGUACAAACUGGCCAAGAAGGACCCCGCUUCAGCUGAGCUCGCUGCUCUCGACGAGGCUCAGGGCGCUGCCCAUCUCGCUGAGGCAGCUGAGAAGAGCGGCGACUGGGAAGCCUGCGUGGGACAUGCCGGUCAGGCCAUCAUGACCGCCAACCGAGCCAUUUCCCUGCGUGAGAUGAGAUCGCGCUGCCGUUUCCAGCGGGGGGAGGUCGAGGAGGGCAUGAGCGAUCUGCACCACGUAUUGCAGAUGAGGCCGGGAGACACGACGCCGCACAUCAAGAUCGCCGCCAUCACCUUCUACGGACUCGGCGAUCUCCAGAACGGCAUGGCCCAGACGCGGAAGUGCCUGCACUCCGAUCCCGAUUCGAAGCCUUGUAGGAAGCUUCUGAAGCAACAAAAGGCCAUUGAAAAGACCCUGAACAGGGUUAACAAAGCUUUCGAGAAGAACCAGCCCAUGACUGGUGUCAAGCUCCUGAUCGACUCUGCCGACGACACUGGAUUGAUCACAGACAUAAAGACCCAAGUCGAGGAAUUGCGCGCUGACGGCACAAUCCCCUCCAAUGCUCAGUCAUCGCUGUACAUUCAAGUGGCAGAAAUGGCCUGCCAAGGUUACUACGACAUGAACGGCAAGAAGGCCAAGCAAUACUGCGAAGAGGCCUUCGCUCUCAACGAGCAAUCCUUCUAUGGUUUGCUAUACCGCGCCAAGGUCAUGAUGGACGGAGAAGAGUUCGAGGCGGCCAUCAGGUCUUUCGAGGAGGCUAGCAAAAUCCGCCCGGACAAGAACGACGUUGUCCAGCCCCUCAUGCAAAAGGCCCAGAUUGCAUUGAAGCGGAGCAAGACGAAGGACUACUACAAGGUACUCGGCGUCUCUCACGACGCCGACGAGCGACAGAUCAAGCAGGCGUACCGCAAGCUCUCCAAGAUCCACCACCCCGACAAGGCCGCCAAGCAGGGACUCACAAAGGAGGCGGCGGAGAAGAAGAUGGCAUCCAUCAAUGAGGCGUACGAGGUCCUCAGCAACCCUGAGCUCCGCGAACGUUUCGACCGCGGCGACGACCCGAACAACCAGGAGCAGCAAGGCAGCCCGUUCCAGGGUAACCCCUUUGGCGGCGGCCAUCCGUUCAUGUUCCAGCAGGGCGGCGGCGGUGGAGGCCAGCAAUUCCACUUCAAGUUUGGCGGAGGAGGCGGUGGUGGCGGCUUCCCCUUCUAA